AAUGUUGUAGCUACUAGUAUUGGUGCUGGUAUGUAUACUUAUAUUUGGUUCGUUCAGUUUCUGAAGACCAGUAAAUUUGGUAGAAGCCAUUGGUUUUAAAAGAAUUCUUGGCAGUUUUUGCUUUUCUAGUAAAUCUGCAGUCUGUUCUGCUAUCUGAUUCUCCCCUCCUAAUUCCCAUGCUUUUGCUGUCUUAUUAUUUGGAUUGCAUAUCUGUAAUGUGUACUCUGACUUGUGCAGUUAUCCAGUUCCAGCUUUUUGAGGAAUAUUGGAUCUUCAAGGCAAGCUGCUGCCUCUAGCAGUGCAGCAAUAAUGGGAACUAAUUCAGACCCCCAUCUUCCUUACAUCUCUGAUACUAGUGGGCAAAGAACCUCACCUGUACCAUCAUCAGACAACAGGCACUUGUCUUCAAGUAGAAACACAUCAAACAUAAAGAACUUUGAGUCCACUCUUAGGGGCAUUGAAAGCCUGCAUUUCAGUAAUGACAAGAGGUUACACUAUUAGCAGACAAUGACCUUAAAUUCUUGUCUCCUGUAUAUUUUACAAAGGUAUGCUUUUUUAUCCCCUCAGAGUGGAAUAUGUUUGUGUUGUGUUUAUAGAGAAGUCCUAAGUCUGAAAAGUUAACUACAACUCUGGAAGUUGGGGGAACUGAAACCUUACUGUAAGUGCUAACAAGGAGAUACUGGAAGAAUUAGAUCCCCAACAAAAUCAACCUAGGUCCAGUGAUUUUAUUGUAAGUACCUAGGUAGACCGGUUUCUAUCAAAAUACAGUUUUACAUGCCUUUCUUAUUCACAGUUAAUUCCCUUAUAUCAUGUACAGCAUCAUGUUAAUGCUCAAUUAAUAGUUCAAAACUAUGUAAGCUCAAAAUCAUUUUCAA